AAAACAAGAAAGUAAACAUCAACUGUCAAUGUCACGAGUUUAUAAAUUCUAAGUCUACACCACUCACUACGAAUUUUGGCCAUGCUGAGAGUGUUAAAAAGAACUCCUUACUUUGUUACUAAUGUGCAGUCAAGGAUUAAACUUCCAGAGAAAUUUAAGGGGACGAUCAUAGAAAAAUGGACUAACUAUUGGAAGAAUUUAUUCAUUGAUUACCGUCAAAUGUUCCAAGAUUUACGAACAGAUAUACAAGAUGAUCCGAGAAAAGCUCUCAUUUGGACAACCGGCAUUACAACCCUGUAUGCACUGGCCAAAAACAACCCUAACGAGAUUGACUUCAAAGAUAUUAUGAAAAGAGUUACAAAUGAUGUAAUAUUAGUAAGUGAAGAUUGUAGAAAUCCAAAAUCCAUUGAACACUUACGUUACAUACAGAAAUGUUACAAUGAAGGAGUUAUACACUACAGGUCAUUGGGAAUCAUAUCUUUCAUGUACACAUGUGAAAUAAAUGACUCUUGCGAUUUGUACAAAGCCCACUGUUCAUAUUUAAAACCUUCGUAUUCAAGCUUAUUUUCACGAAUGGUUGAUGUAGGCUUCAUGGGCAAGUGGUGGAAUACUUACAUUAAGACAACUAAUUAUGAUGUGAAUAUGUAAUUAAAUUAGUCAUACAGUUUAUUAAAUUAUUUAUAAGAAAUUUAAAAUUGUUUAGUAUCUAUUAUUUCACCAUUCACUUAAUAUGACUAUUUAAUUUCUUCAGACAAAUAAAACACAGGUUUAGUAAAGGAAAA